ACCUGGCAUCCAGACACGAUGCCCACACCAACCGAAUAUUCGCCAAGUGCUACGCUAAACUCUUCGAGCGUCACCGACCAGUCGCCCGGCUUCUCCUCAGCGUACACCACUUCGCCACUAUCAACAAACUGCAGCCCGCGAGAGCAAUUGCUCCCGCCGACCCUUGGUCCGACAACAAAACCAACACCUACCGACGCUUCUCCACCCAAGAAGAAGCGUCAACAAAGACGACGGACCAAGGCAAACCCCGGCAACCGCGCCUGUGAUAAAAAGAAGAGAGAUCGAAAGAACAACAAGAACGUUCAGUGCAUGUUCUGUCCCAAAAUGGUCUCAGAUAACCGAGACAGGACAAGACACCACAGGGCGAAGCAUCGUGAGGAGGCUGCCAAGAUAGGGGUUGAUAUGAGAAGAAUCUCCGGUACAGGGAAUCGAACCCUGGGCUCCGCGGUGCUAUUCCCUCAGGUUAUGAGAGCGCGAAAUGUUAGCCACUACACCAUACCGGAUAGUGUGCUUGUUGCUGAAAGAGGUUCCCAGACUUGGUACUAUGAUCGCAGGGGAUGGCACGAAGGCCAGUAUGCCUGCGGUCAGUGCAAGGCCGUCUUUGCGUCCGCUCCUCCCCUCGAAAGACACGGUCGUGACAGUGGGCAUGCAAUCGAGUGGUAUUGCGACGAUGAGGAGUGUGAAAUGGCUGGGACGCCUUUCGAGACCUACAGGAUUUACCUUGAGCACUUUCGUCUGUCGCCAGCUCAUCAGGACGAUGCUGAAUCUGAAGAAAUCAUCGAUGCCCUAGGAAACACGGAUGUUGUCGUGCCGAGCCAAGACCAACAGGACGACAACUCUCCUUCUCAGCUCGUCACCUCCGACAUCUUUGCUUGCCGCGAGCCCUGCUGUCAGCGAUAUGGCUUCAACUUCCGAUGCAUAUCCGAAUACAAUCGACACGCCAAUGUUUCCUACCACAUGUCAGCCGCUAAGCUCAACCAGGCCCUUGUCGACAGUAUGCAACCUGGCCCAGCCCUGGCUGCCGAGCAAGAAGCCAUACGAAACCUCAGAUGCAACGCCCCUGGCUGCCUCUCGUACGAAGGCACGUUCUCAGGCUUCCAAGGCUUCUUUAGCCACAUAACUGGGGCGGAGCACCGCCAGGCUUGGACAGUGGUCUCUGGAACCUGUUUCCUCGACGAGCAUGAAAGCCCAACUCUCCCUGGGAUAGUCUUUGAUGCAGGAGGAGCAAGUGGGGAAUGCGCGAACAAGAAUUGCCCAAAGUACGGGACGUUUUUCAACUCUUUCUGGAAGCUGAAGCAACAUGCUCACUCCUUCGCACAUGCCACGACCGAAGAGGACAUGGACUCUACAGAUGAGUCUUCUCAAGAAGUAUGGGUGAGCUCCGAUUUGGAGGGCAUCGAGGUCACCAAGAACAAGGCAUUUUGGAGAUGCGCUCAGAGAGGCUGCAGAAUGUUUGGCAAUGUUUACAACCACAGAAGUAACGCCAGAUUACACACCACCUCGUUCUCGCAUACUAGCGCCGAAGCGUUUCUAGGAGAAGUGUGGGUGAGCUCCGAGUUUGAGGGCAUGGAAGUCAAGGGGAUGGAAUUCAAGGGCAUGACACUAUGGAAGUGCGUUAAGAGAGGCUGUAGAAGAUACGGCAGCACCAUGGCUCCAUCCGGCAAGGCCAGGAAGCACGCCAACUCGGUCUCGCAUACUACGGCCGAUCCAGACGUGCCAAUCUCCGAGUUUGAGGGUAUGGAAGUCAAGGGCAUGGCAUUUUGGAAGUGUGUCAAAAGAGGCUGCAGAAAAUACGGCCAGACCAUGACUCCAUCCAACGACACCAGGAAGCACGCCAACUCGGUCUCGCAUACUACAGCCGACCCAGACGUGCCGAUGUCACCCGAAACCCCUACGACUCCAUUCGCAACACCCAAGAGAGCACCAGAGGCCGCCUUUAUGACUCCGAUGAACCUCGAUACCCCAGUUCCUGACACUCCAUUGAGCCCUUCCGCUGGUCGAGGAUCAAGCGCAGCCAUGACGUUGGUGACUCCAACAAAGACUCCUACCUCGCUUCGAAUGCCACCCUCCCGGGCCACGAUCAAGCUCCGCAGAAGCUCCAACACAUCAUCCCAAGUCAAAAGACGUCAAGACGAUCUUGAGCGCCGCAACCAGGAACUUGAAGAUCGGGUCAAGCGACUGGAG